AUGCCAUUUGAUGUAAAACUGAUGUCAACCUGCAGGGAUACGUCAUUUUGUGACCAAUCAGGGCCAAGCGUUAUUGUUUAUGUUUCAAAGUUUUAAAUGUCAAAAUCUAUCUUGGGAAAAAAUAGACUGCAAAUGAGUGCGACCCUGUUCGCUGAUAACGUCCACGUCGCACGUCGGAGAUUUAUUUUAUUUUUGUUAUGCCAUGCCAUUGUCAAUAUCUUUUUUGAAAAUGAGAUUAGAUGACUGAAAAUAGACGCUCCUGACGCGAAGGCCGCCAAAACCUGGACCGAAUAGUUCGUUCCCGACCAUCAGAAUGUCUUGGCUCCGUUAAAAAACACUCUUCCCUGUCUCGGAAUAAUUAAAAACUACGAAUUGCACUUCAUUGCAACAACAAUAAAAGACGAAAAUCAAGUAUAAAGCUGACGAACCAAAUAGAUCACCAUGGAUCCAGAAGCAUUCCUCGACAUCGCCAAUCAGGUGGUGAAAUUAAAAAUGUUUCCAUAUUUCGAUAUAGCGCAUUGUACACUUUGUGCGCUUUCCGUUAGGGAGGAUCUUGGAAGCGGCGCCCAGGCUUUCUCUCGAAAACACCCUCUGUCCUGUUGGCUAUCGUAUAUGUUGGUGGUAUUUGCCGGAGGAAUGGUAGCCAAUGGACUUCUGGCAGAACCGAUCUUGGCACCGCUCAAAAAUACACCGCAGGUUUUGGUCGCGACCGCAGUAUGGUAUGCGGUGUUCUACACACCUUUCGAUGUCGGCUACAAACUAUCGAAAUUCCUACCAGUCAAAAUAGGUUUUUCAGCAAUGAAGGAAAUCUACAGAUGCAAGAAAGUCUACGAUGGUGUCACUCACGCGGCCAAACUAUAUCCUAGCGGUUAUUUAAUCAUGAUAAUCAUUGGAACACUCAAAGGCAACGGUGCUGGAUUCACAAGACUGAUGGAACGACUCAUUCGAGGAGUAUGGACGCCGACAGCUAUGGAAUUUAUGCAACCCAGUUUCUACACAAAAUCUUGUCUAGUAGCGUCGAUAAUCUUCAUCCUAGACAAAAAAACUGAAAUUAUUUCGGCUCCCCAUGCUUUGGUUUAUUUCGGUAUAGUCAUCUUUUUCGUCUACUUUAAACUGUCUUCAAUAAUCCUUGGAAUCCACGACCCUUUUAUUCCCUUCGAAAACCUAAUGUGCGCCCUGUUCUUUGGCGGAAUCUGGGAUAGUUUGGCCAAGAUUUUCGGAAAAGGACAAAUCAAGGAAGGAGAAGUCAAAGAUGUUAAAAAGACGAAUUGAAACAACUGGAAGUUUUGAAUGGUAGAUUCGACUAUGUGCGGAUGUCAAAUUUAUUAUUCCACUUUUCAGUUCGAGGCGCAUUUCCAAAAACCAUCACUUUGUAAUAUUGUACUAAAUUGUAACAAAGAAAUACAAAGAACACCUUACAGUAAAAUAUGACAAACUUAACUCAGUCUUGGAAACUAGUUUCAAAAUAACACAUGAAAAACUCUUAAAACUACAGCUUAUAUAGCUUUCAGUCUUUGAAGUAAACUGCUACAAACACAUAAUAUGGUCUAACGUCUUUUGCGCGUUUAUAACUUAAUUGUUUCCUUUUGGUUAGGUAUCUUUUUUUUUUCAAAAUACUAUCCCUUUUUUUAUCAAAUUCAACACAGUUUAAUCUUAGUCUGUGUUUAACACUAAACACACUCCUUGCAACACCCAAUGACUUAUAUGUUCUGUUGUUCUCAAAUCAGCCUCAAAAACCAAACCAACCCCCAUAGCGUUUCGUCUUAAUGACGUAGUAUACACUGGAGUCUUCAAAGUAUUUUGGAGCUUUAAU